CCCCGAUGCCCAGACCUAGUCACGCCCCGACUCCCCUGCUCGCCUGCGCCCUCCGCCGCUCCCCGCUCGUGAUGGCCGCCGGUGACUCCGCCGUUCGCCCGCGGCCCUGCGCCCUCCGCCGCUCGUGACGGCCGCCGGUGCGACCUCCGCCGCUCGUCCGCCUGGCCUGCUCCGCUGCUCGCCCCGUCGCCCGUCCUCUGCUCCCCUGCUGCCCUGCUCCGCCGCUCGCGCAGCCCAGCUCACCGCCUCGCCCGCUCUGCUGGUUCCUGCUCUCCGCCACGCGCAGCCCAGCUCGCCGCCUCGCCCGCUCUGCCAGCUCCUGCUCUCUGCUGCCCAGGAUUGGUGUUGGCUCUUCUUCCACCGUUGAUUAAGUUAUGGAAGACACUGAUGAAGCAAGCCAUUGAUUUGGUUUGAGAUCGGUGCAUUGCUUGGUUGACCCCUACUUGUGGAAAUGCUUGAUUCACUUAUUAGCCAUGACCCAAAGGUGUUGACUGAGAAGAAGCCUGAUGAGAUAAUUGCGAGUGGUGUUGUUGAAAGUCUGCAGAAUUUUCUGCGCAAGUGCAUCAUAGCUGUCCUCUCAUAUGGCCCAAUGCCUAAGCACAUCGCGUUUAUCAUGGACGGGAACCGCAGAUACGCCAAGUCCAGAAGUAUCAAGCAAGGCACCGGUCACAGCGUGGGCUUCGCUGCUCUAAUGGCAAGUCUUAUCUACUGUUACGAGAUGGGUGUCAAGUACAUCACGGUGUAUGCAUUCAGCAUCGACAAUUUCAAACGCGACCCUAGUGAAGUCAAGACCUUGAUGGAAUUAAUGGAGGAAAAGAUCAACGAGCUGUUGGAAAACAAGAACGUCAUCAACAAGGUUAACUGCAAGAUCAACUUCUGGGGGAUCCUGGACAUGCUUCCUGAACCAGUGCGGCUGGCGGCCCAAAAGCUGAUGGCGAGCACCGCCGAGAACACAGGACUGGUCUUCUCCGUCUGCAUGCCGUACAACUCAACCUCAGAGAUCGCCAACGCCGUCACCGAGCUCUGCAAAGAACGGAGGGAUAUGAUGCAGGGGCAGCAGGCCAGCGGCCGCAACGGCCGCCCUGCAAAUGGCGGCGCAUGUUCGGAUAUCUCGGUGUCCGACCUGGAUCGCCACAUGUACACCGCCGGCUGCCCAGACCCGGACAUUGUGAUCCGGACCUCGGGCGAGACCCGGCUGAGCAACUUCCUCCUGUGGCAGACGACGUUUAGCCAUCUGCAGAACCCAGACCCCCUCUGGCCUGAGUUCUCCUGGAGGCACCUCGUCUGGGCGAUACUGCAGUACCAGAGAGCCUACCCGUACAUUGAGCAGAACAAAGAUCUGGCUAAGAAGCAGCUGUGAGUGAGGGAUCUCAUCUCCUUCGGAAGGAGAUAUAUGCAGAUGUUAAUCAAGAAGAUACAAUAAUAACAGAACAGGCCUGGCAUUGAAGCGUCAGUCUGUGAAUAAGGGAUCUGAUCUCCUUUGGGAGGGGAUAAGCAGAUGCCAUGAAAAAGAUAGUACAGCAACCUGUUGAAAGUUGGCCUAAUAUUUUUCGUGUAUGAGAAGAGUGUAAUUAUGGAAACCAUGUGUAUUAUGAUGUACUAGUACAAUUCUUCGUUUUUGCUGUUGUGUUAAACGUCAGCAAUAUCUUGCCACCUAGGCUGAACACGGGAGCCAAGUCGAGAAAAUUGUAAAGCUUUUAAUGGUACCUGCCAUGGUGACAAGCUUAUGAUUGUUGCUCCGGUUUGAAUGGCACUGAUGUUGGGGAA